AUGUACCUGACCGAGUGGGCGUGUCGGCUACGCACCAAAGACAACGGUUCUCUUCACUGGGUCUGGGUCUGGGUCUGGGUCUGGCUAGGUGUGACUCGUUCCUCUGAAUCUGUAUCUGUGUUUCUGUGUCUCAUUGUGAAGCUGGGUCUGGGUCUGGGUCUGGUGGUACCCCCCCAGGUCCUGGAUACCCUGAGUGACAGCAACAGCUCCACCACCGCCAAUGACCUGGACCUCAUCUUUCUCAAGGGCAUCAUAGACAGCCCCGUGGAACCAGAGAGUCUGGAAAAGACCAGAUUGGUGGCGGUGAGGGACAACAACAUAGAGCUGGUCGAGGAGAUCCUCAGAGAGCUGAGUCCCUUCACACACCAAAGCAACACUGCAGCAGAGCUCACGCGCAUCCUCAUCGACCCCCACUUUCAGUCUCUGCUGGAGACCCAUGACUCGGUGGCGUCCCAGGUGUGUGACACCCCUCCACCCAGCCCCUGUGCCUACAUGGAGCCCCCCGUCAGCAACCAGCCCGUGCCCCCAGAUACCGUCCGGAUGGUGGGCAUCCGCAAAGUAGCUGGUGAACACCUGGGCGUGACUUUCCGUGUGGAGGCGGGGGAGCAGGUGAUUGCCAGGAUCCUCCACGGAGGGAUGAUCGACCAGCAGGGUCUCCUCCACGCGGGUGACAUCAUGAAGGAGGUGAACGGGAAGGAGGUGGGUGAGGACCCGAGGGUGCUGCAGGAGAUGCUGCAGGAUGCCAGCGGCAGCGUGGUGCUCAAGAUCCUCCCCAGCUAUCAGGAGGGCCACGCGCCAGGACAGGUGUUUGUGAAGUGUCACUAUGACUAUGACCCGGCCAAUGACAACCUGAUCCCGUGUAAAGAGGCAGGGCUUAAGUUCUACACUGGUGACAUCCUGCAGAUCGUCAAUCAGGAUGACCUCAACUGGUGGCAGGCUCGUCGUUGCGUGGAGGGAGGCAGUGCUGGGCUGAUCCCCAGUCAGCUGCUGGAGGAGAAGAGAAAAGCCUUUGUCAAGAGAGACGUGGAGCUAUCCCCCCCAGGAAACCUUUGUACUGGAGUGGCGGGAAAGAACAAGAAGAAAAAGAUGAUGUAUCUAACCACUAAGAAUGCAGAGUUUGACAGGCAUGAGUUAGUGAUCUAUGAGGAUGUUGCCAAGGUGCCUCCGUUCCGCAGGAAGACGUUGGUUCUGAUUGGUGCUUUGGGAGUAGGCCGACGCAGCCUGAAGAACAAACUGCUGCUGUCUGACCCACAGCACUACGGCACCACCAUCCCCCACACCUCCAGAAAGCCAAAGUUAGGGGAGCGGGAAGGCCAGAUGUAUGCCUUCACCUCGCGGAGCAAGAUGGAGGCAGACAUCAAGAACGGUCACUACCUGGAGCAUGGCGAGUACGACGGCAAUCUCUACGGCACCAAGAUGGACUCCAUCCAUGAGGUAGUGGAGGCCGGUCGCAUCUGUGUACUGGACGCCAAUCCUCAGGCCUUGAAGGUACUGUGGACGUCUGAGUUCCUGCCUUACGUGGUGUUCAUCGAGGCCCCUGAUUUUGAGGUCCUCAAGGCCAUGAACCAGUCGGCCAUCGAGACUGGAGUCGUCACCAAGCAGCUGACGGACUCAGAGCUAAAGAGAACAGUGGACGAGAGCUCCCGCAUCCAGACGGCCUACGGACACUACUUUGACCUCACCAUCGUCAACGACAACCUGGACGAGAGCUACAGGAACCUGAAGGCAGCUCUGGAGAAGGUCUCUGCUACCCAGCAGUGGGUCCCAGUCACCUGGGUCUUCUAGUGAGAGACAGAAGGACAAGAGGCUGGUGUUGAACACUUGUUCUCUCAUUCGUCAACACAAGACAUCCGAUGAUACUGUCUGGCUCAUCAUCACAGUGACCUCUGGACCUCUGACCUUUGGACCCCAUACAUAAGACUGAACUGACAGCAUUCUUUUUGCUGUGUACAUAUUGCCUUUGGAAAUUUGUCGACAAAACGUGAAGGAUUUUCUUGUUUGGACAUUAUGUGAUUCUGGUGUGUGUGUGUGCAUGUGUGUGUGUCUGUGUGUGCGUGCAUUCGUGUGGUUGCAGAGUGUCUUAACCAUAAUCAUGUUCGCUACAUUGAUUCUUUAGGUCAGCAGUAGUUUGUCUAUGUUUACAUGAAUCAUUAAAUGGACAUUCAGAAUACACACACACACACACACAUACACACACACACACACACACACACACACACACACACACACACUCAAAGGGAGCUAGCUGUGUUAUUUCCCUAAUUCUAUUUUUAUUACCAAAUUCUAUUUUUUGUACGGGGAGUUCAAGUUGAAACCCUUUUUGACACCUACUGUUGAGUAUUUCUUUUUUCUAUCAUUUCAAAAACGCAAGACGCUGAGGUGUGAACAUAAAACAUUCAAAUAAUUUGAAGAUAGCAUGUAGAUACACAGAGAGAUGUAUAUGACAGAUAGACUGUAAGUACCACCUUUAUUUAUGUGACCACACAGGCACUUUUUAUAUUUGUUUUUGAUGUGUCAAAAGCCUUCUUUCUAUUUAUUUAUUUUUUUAAAUACUAUUUCCACCCAGGUCUGCUGUACAGUACAGUACACACCAAUUUGACAAAUAAACGUCUCCAGAGUUUUACACGAUGGGUUGCUUGAUGUUGGUUACAAAGAAGGCCUUCUGGAGCCAUUCAUCAGGCCUUCUGGAGCCAUUCAUCAGGCCUUCUGGGUAACCAACAGCAAGGAACCCAUCAAGUAAAACUCUGGAGCCGUUUUACUUGUUCAACUGGGCAGACCUUUUUAUUACACUUUCGCAACAGAGGACCUUGUGAUGCAGUAGUACAGGAUGCGUGAUCUAUUGGGUCAGUUGAAAUUGAUGCACCCCAGGCUUUGGGAAAUUUUGUGAUAAUUCGUUUGGGAAAGAGAAAGCUCAAGGCACUAGACACGAAACAGAAGAAAAUAGACUGAGGAUGUACUACUUCUCCAAUAGGAUACGCUUGUUUUUGUUUUCUGUUGCGAAACAUUUAGCUAUAAUGUGCCCUAAUAUAAAUAUGACCCUGGAAACUCCAGAGGAAUCACACACGACACACAACAAUGACAAGUUUGUGUACUCCGGAUGAGUGUAAGGUCAUAGGUUCUUACUUUUAGUAUGGUUUCUACAUUCCAUGAUGCUCACAUGUAUCCAUGGCAUUUUCAAACACCAAGAAUAUGAGUUUGGAGAUUUCAAUUAGAUGAAUUCAUGAUUGAACAAUUUCAAGAUGCUUCUGUAUUUGACUGUGUAUCCGUCACAGUUUCUAGAUGUACUGUAAAUGACAGACUGUGAAUGUAGAUAGACAAUAGACUAGAGGCAAAGGCUAACUACAGUAACAGUGUAUUGUUUAAAGGAAAAUGAACAAUACAUUUGAUGAUGCACAUAAU